AUGGCCAGGCGACAGCGUGUGCCGCACCACAAGGAGCACAGACGGAGGCGCAACAAGAACCCAAAGUUGUCGCCAUUCCAGCGUGAGCAGAAGCGCAAGAAGUUGGCCAACCAGGUUCCGAUAUCAUCCAUGAAGAACGACAGCCUGCGUGAUUACCCCGUAAGUCAGAGGACCGUGAUGAAAUACCUCAUGGCAAAGAAGAACCGGCUUCAGGAACGACGUCGGCAGCGAGAAGAAGGGCUGCAAAAGAAACAGAGGGAUACGGAGGAACAAAUAUCAACCACGGCAACAAAUAGUGAGCAACGGUGUGAGUUCAACGGGUGUGCCUCCUCCCCUACCGUCACUUUUUCUUCAGUUACACAGACGACACUUCCAUCAAACGUGAGCCCCCCCGCCACGGAGGUGGUGGCAAAGAAAAGGAAGGAGAACUGUGUGAAGAAGGCAAAGAAGACGUCACUCAUCACACCUGUGGCCCUCAACGAGGAAAUAGCUGCAUCGCUUACACGCCCCAUCAUAGCCUUCAAAACACUCGAUGCUGAGGAGCGGGAGAGGCAAGAAGACAGCGUGGAAGCCAUUAUUGCGAGGAAGAAGGAAAAAAAGCAUCGAAAGAAGGCAGAAGCUCGACGGGAACGUGUUCGGGAGGCCCUGCGCAAGACGGAAGAGCAACUGAAGGAGGAAGUUUUUUCUGUCAAAGGUGGUAAGAAGCGCAAUAGAGCAGAUCGGGUUGACGCCAAAAAUGCUGCUUUUGAAAGGAAGCUGAAGCAGAUGCAGCGGGAAAAGGAAAAAACAGAGUCUGCGGCUGCGGCUGAGAAAAAAACCGCAGGAAAGAGUGAAAAGGAUACCAAAAAAAGAAGCCGCAAGCAGAUUACAUUUUCAGAUGGGGUCGAGAACACAGGGACGGAUGCCCCUCACAGAGCGAUGCGUUACCCAGGAGACAAAGGCUCUAAGGUGCCCCGUGACUUCUGCGAGUUGGUGGAUGUUGUGCGGUACGGCGAACGUGUGGAGGCUCCCCCCGUCUUUGAUGCCCUUCCGCGCCACGACGCUUCCAUCUCCCGUCUAGCCAAAAGACUGGAAUUCUCUUCGCGGGAGUCCUCCAAAAAAGGGAUUGCGUCGUCGCAGCAUGAGCGCCUGCAGCUCUUGUCCUCAGUUAGCGGUGUUGGGGAGGGACGGCGUUUAGAGAGGCUUGGCUUGGGGCCCGUUGCCACGUCCGCGGCGCCGACUCGCCCCGUCGGUGCAUUCAAGAAACUGUCCAAGGAGGAGGAGAUGCAGCGAUUGCGCGAGGCUGUCAUGGACGCGUAUCGCCGCAAUAAGCGCACAGGGGCGGAGGCACGAAAAAACGUGGACAUGCAUCAUCAAUUUCCUGUGUUCUCCUGA